AUGGCCUCUAAUAAGAGGACGUAUCUUCUAGUGUUUGGAUUCCAAGAUCUCCAAUGUGUUGCGAACUGCGAUGAUCCUGCCAAUGCAAAGACAUUCGAGCAGCCCAUAUGGCAGACAGCAAACAUGUUCCUAGGCGAGUCAUUGUGUCUUAUAGUGUACUACAUACAAGUAUGGAACGAGUCACGACGGAAGCAGCAGGCUGUGUAUCAGCCCAUUCUUGAUGAAGGACCAGUAGCAAAUGGUGGUGAACACGAUGAUGAGGAGCUGCCACAAUCUGCAUCUGAUCCGUUGCUGGCUGUAGUACAGCAGAGGUUGCCGCUUACAGGACACAGGAAUUUUUAUAUGUGGUUGCCUACUUUGUGUGACUUGUGUGCUACGACGCUGAUGAAUGCGGGGUUGAUUUAUGUAGCUGCGAGUGUGUAUCAGAUGCUGAGAGGAAGUGUAGUGCUCUUUACAGGAACCCUAUCAUCAGUAUACUUGCGUCGCCAUCAUCCCAUCUAUCGAUGGUUUGCACUAUGUGCAGUGUUUGCAGGUGUUGCUCUCGUCGGUUCGGCCUCUAUAGUCCAAGGCCAGGCACCCACAGCGCCUUCACUUGGCGACGACAACAAAACCAUGUACAACACCCUCUCCAAUCAUUACAAUACAUACCUCAUCGCCAACCCAAACGCCCCCAUCGGCGUAACAAUGAUUAUAGUUGCCCAAGUAUUCACAGCCGCACAAUUCGUAAUCGAAGAGCUGCUCAUGUCUCGCUACGACCUACCUGCAAUGAAGGCUGUGGGCUUAGAAGGUGUAUUCGGAUUACUGUCUCUGGUUAUACUAGUACCCAUAACGUAUUUCGGGUAUGGGAGGAACGAUCCAGGUGGGUUUUUUGAUGUGGUUGUGGGGUGGAAUCAGAUGGUGGGACAUCCGAAUGUGUUGGGAGCGGGGAUUGCGAUAUGUUUUAGUAUUGCUAGUUUCAAUUGGUUUGGGUUGAGUGUUACGAGGAGUGUUAGUGCUACGGCUAGGAGUACUAUUGAUACGACACUAUUUAUAUGGGUCAUUUCGUUAUCAUUGGGCUGGGAGAACUUUAAGAGUUUACAAGUUGUUGGAUUUGCCGUUCUCUUAUACGGCACACUCCUAUUCAACGAUGUCGUUCGCCCUCCUCCACUAGCCAUGUGCCGAAAAGCCAUACUCGAUGAGCAAGAGGUCGUGGUAGCAGAACAAGAUGACGAGAGAGCUAUUGCAUCUGCCACAUAA